AUGCAUUUCUGCAGGGACAAAGAGGUGAUUAAAUUGCGUAAACGAUCGUCUCAAAGGAUAAUGGAGCAAGGUCAGCUGCGACCAGACCUCCAACGUGUGUUAAAACAGUUUCACAACAUCAAAUCGGAUUAUUGCAAAGCCAAAAUCAAUCUGAGAGCCAGAGACGAGAUAAUCGAGCUUCAGAAGACAAACAUGGAGGCUUCGUACAAACGUGUGGAGAUGAUAGCCAAAUUUUUUGACGAGUAUAAGAAGAAAUAUCAAGAGAGUUUGCUCAAAUACCAGGGGGAAAAUUAUCAAUUGACGAAGAGGAUUGAGGAAUUGGAGAGCACGUGCAAAAUUUUACAGCAGACUAAUCAGGAUUUAGUUGUGGAGGGCAAUGGUUUCAGAGAUGAACGACUUGAGAGGCUGGAGGACGAAGUUCAGAUAUUGGAGUCUCGUAUAGCAGCCGAACAGCAGGCCCACCGGGAAGAAAUAGAAAAGCUGAAGGCAGAGUAUGAACGACAAAUAUCUGACAGGUCCAGAGUUAUCGAGGAAUUGAAUAAGAAGAUUGGGACAUUGACGCAGCACGCAGUUGCCCAGAAGCCAUUCGUCCACCCUGCUCUCUACGAAGAAGCUGCCAAAGUCAAGAAUCGUUCUGCUGUUAAGAAGAAGCCGCCCAACACGAUAUUCAAAUGGCCCAGCCUGGAAGUCGAAAAGGUCCAAAAAACACCUGAUCCAACGCCCCCACCCAAGAGGAGGAGGAAGAAACUCUUUCACGCUGAUGAAAACGAAGUUGUUGAUCUCAUCGAAUAAAAUCAGUCGGGGAAUAAUCAGCGACAUUUUAUUCAAUCGUUAACAGAAAGAAUAUUUAUUCCAUUCCCUGAACAAUUAGACAUCAUUACAAGUAACACAUGAUAACUAUCUCACGAUCUAGCAAAUUAGAAAUUUAAUUCUAAAAAGGUACUAAGUGUAUUUCUCUAUGUACAAUACAUUAAUUCCGAAAUUAAUUCAUUAGACAUGAGUAAAAAAA